CUUGUGGAGCUUUUAAAAUCUAUGAGGAAAACGGCAGCAGUGAGGAUUUUGUGAUGGCAGCUCAAAGAUAUCACCACACUGGCAUAAGAGGUUUGGACAAUUAUCACCUGUCCUGUUGUGUGAAUGCAUUGCUGCAGGCCUUCGCUGCUACCGCGGAGCUAACAGAGCUACUGGAGAGGUGGAAUUCAGCUGGUGUUGGAACAAGCAGUCGAAAUGUUCCUUUGCAGAUCAAGCGAGUUCUGACAGCCAUGCAGAGCGACCGCCCUCAGCCGGUUCCUCAUCGUGACUUUCUGCACUGCCUGGACAAAAACCGCAUUCGACUUGGCACACAGCACGACGCUGACGAGUUGUUCCACUUCAUUCUGAACUUCACGCAGCAGCAGAUGGAUGACCAAACAGUGGCCCUCGACAUCCAGAAUCUGUACAAGAUUCCCAUGGAGUCACGUCUGCAGUGUUUAGCUUGUUCCGCCAUCCAGACCUGCAGAAAUUACCUGCUCAGCCUGCCGUUAUACAUCCUGCACUCUGACAGCUCGCUGGGAUGCAUUGCCUCUUUUUUUGCGGAUCAAGAACUGAGGGAUGAUAAUUGCUGCUUUUGUGCCCAAUGUGAAGUCAAGACUGCGUUUAAACGCGGUGUCAAACUUGUUUCUCUGCCUCGGAUCCUCUGCUUCCACCUGAAACGUUUUCGGAAUCAUAAGGGUUUGACUAGAAAACUGGAUUGCAGUGUGACUUUUCCCAAAGCCUUUGACUUUUCGGGGAACCUUCGGGAAAUAUUUUGCGCACACUCUGCUGAGAAUGACUCCACCUACACGCUGUACGCCGUCAUCGUACAUUCUGGCACCGCUGUGUGUGGCCACUACACAGUCUACAUUCAUCACCAUGGCAACCAGUGCUGGUACUAUGCAGAUGACGACCAUGUGAGAAAGGUCUCUUGGGAAGACGUGCAGAGAACGUAUGGAGGAGGACCUUACAGAAACACAGCGUACAUGCUGAUGUACAGAAGAAGUGGAAACAGGCCGAAGAAAUCCCACGUGUUCCGGCUGAGGAUGAAGAUAAGGUGCACUCAGGAUCACCAUGGAAUCCAUAGGAACUCCUAAAUACACAGAAC